CCAUGCCCCGGCGGGCGGGUUGAGUGCGGGGCUGCAUUCGCUGCGGGACAGCGGCCCCGAGCCCCCGCAGCCCCGGAGCCCCCAGCCCGGCCCUGCCAGCCCCAGGAUGCUGCCGGCGGGCGGCCCCAGCCCCGCGCAGACCUGCGGGGCCGUGCUGGUGGCCGCCGUGCUGCUGCAGUCCCUGUGCGUGGCCGUCACCUUCCUGUACUUCACCAGCGAGCUGCGACAGCUGCAGGACUCGUACUCGAGGAGCGGCAUCGCCUGUCUCACCGGGGAGGAGAUCGGCGCCUCCCUCCAAAACCUGGAGCUCAUCGAGGGUGAGGACAGAGAAGCUGAUCCCUGCUGGAAAGUCAAGUGGCACCUGGGAAAGUUAAUUAAAAAGAUGAUGUCAAGAACCUACGAGGAAAACAUAUCUGCAAUCAACGUUGAGAAGACUCUGACCCUGCCGCACUCGGAGGGGCAGCAGCCGCGCGGCCCCAUCCGCCGCAUCGCGGCGCACCUGACGGCCAGCAGCAGCAGGAGGAGCUCCCUGUCCUCACGCAUAAAUCCCUUGCCCAGAAGAGGAAUUGGACACAAAAUAAACAACUGGGAGCCAUCAAGAAAAGGCCACUCCUUCCUUUACAACGUGGAGCUGAGAAAUGGGGAGUUAGUGAUACCCCAGACAGGCUUUUACUACAUCUACUCCCAAAUUUACUUUCGCUUCCGUGAAGACGAGAACGAGGACUCAGAAUUGUUGGGACAAAUCAGAAACCCCAAACAGCUUGUCCAGUAUGUUUACAAACUGACCAAUUACCCUGAGCCCAUUUUGCUCAUGAAGAGUGCAAGGACAAGCUGCUGGUCUAAAAAGGCAGAAUAUGGACUUUAUUCCAUCUAUCAAGGUGGUGUGUUCCAGCUGAAGAGAGAGGACAGGAUUUUUGUCUCUGUCAGCAACAGUGACAUAGUUGACAUGGACAAAGAAGCAAGUUUUUUUGGAGCCUUUAUGAUCAGUUAGAACAUGAAAGUCAGGAUCCCAAAUGGCCCAGUGUUUUCUAGUCAGGACAGCUUAAAUUCCUAAAAAAUAGAGGAUCACAAGCAAAAGCUGUAUCAAUACCAAAAAGAGCAGACUGCCCUUUCUCAGCUCACUCACCGCGUGCCGAGUUCUGUCCCAGCAGCCAGGAAGAGCAGCAGCAGCUGGCUGUGAGUGGCAAUGCUCUGUGCAGGCACAGGCAGCCAGGCUGGGAAUGUGGCAGGGAUUCACAGCCCUCAGGUGAUUCCUUGGCCAGAGCCCUGGGCAGGUAAGGGCUCACCAGCAGCAGGGAUGCUCCAGGCUGGCUCGGCUGGCACCAGGGAUGGUGGAUGCUCCACAUCUGGUUCCUCAAGGCUGAGACUGGAUAUCAAAUUCUAUUUGUGCUCUCCUUUGGACCCUGUCUUGAAUAUAUCAGCAACCUUUGUACAUACUGUACCCAAGUGCCUGUGGAAUUUCUCCUGAAGUUUUUUGAACAGGAGUUUUGCAGAAGCUGCACAUCUUCAUCUCAUCUAACAAAGCACUUAAGCACCUAAUUAAUUUUAAGCACACAAACAGUUUGACUACACCAGGGUAUCCACAUGCUUGAAAUUAAGUAUGUGCUUAAGCAUUCUCCAGGAUCAUGUCUUGAGUAAACACAUUUGUCUUGUGCAGGAUAUUGUACAUAAGAACAGCUGCUGGAAUGGCACUGAAGAGCUUUUGAAAUCAAUCUGUGUUUUGAUCAAGAUUUUGUAACAGUGCCUAUUUACUUAAUUACUCUGCUGCAGACAUCUCACCAGGCUCCCAAUAAGUUCAGUAAUGCAGUUGCUGUUACAGUUGUUGACAGCAAGAACUGGAUCCAGAAAAAAAAAGGUGGGUUUCCGUAAAUACUGAAUUCUGUGAGAAAUUUGCAGCAAUUUAGGCAUGACAAAAUUCUUCCAUGUUUAUUUGUACUGGUUUGUGUUUGGUAGGAUGUAAUGUAGAAUAACACACCCCAAUGACUAACAUUUUGAGGAAAACAGGCACAACUAUCUGUACUUACAAAUAUGCUGCUUAUUUAGAUAAUGCUGUAAUUAUUUGAUUUUAUUUUUUAGAAAUGGGAAGAAAAUUUUCACAAUGUUUUUUAUAAAAUACUUUUUUUUAAAAAAAUGAACAUUAUAUUUUUUAACUCAAUGAAAAUGACUAUUUUGUAUUAAAAGGAUUUGAAAGUUUAGACUGUAUAGGCUCAAUGCACAGCAAAAGUCAGGUAGUGAAAAUCAGCACAUCUGUAGCAUUGUCAGUGGAGGAAUAGCAAAUUGCACCAUGAAUGCAUUUUGCCCAGAUUUGCAGGAAACAGUGGGAAAGGUGGAAAAAUAAAAUUGGAGGGAAAGGAAGACAGUUCUGCAAAUGUUACUUGUGGUGACAGGAUGAGGUCUGGCUAUUUUUUUUUUUUUUUAAUACACUGGGGUUGCCGUGGGAACCCUCCCAUUCACCUGCAUGCUGUAAUUAAAUCACAGCAGCCCCUGCACACGGGCCUCAGCAGUCAACAGGCACGGUUCAUCCUCCUGCCCACCAGCAGCAGGGGAUUAACAGACACAGCCCAUCUUUAUCUGGCCGUUCAGACAAGCACCUUGGCUCACUUAAACACUGCGUUGGAGCAGCAGGAGAAGAAUUUCAGGAAUACCCUUCUUUUGGCAGGUUAGAGCCAAGAAACACACCAGAGUAAGCUGAAAAUAAUGAGGUUUAACUUCUGCCUGCUGUUUGACAGUGUCACAUGUGCUGUGUUCAGUGGCAAUCAAAUAUGUGAAAUUCUUCACCAUUUACUGGAACACUUUGGUUUUUCCUCCUUCUCAAUUCAUCUGUUUUGACAGAGAACAGAAAACAUUUCUACAGUUUUAUCUCUGAUUUCAGUAUUUAAAUCAGAAAUGUUCUCCCAGCUGGAAAGGCUGGAGAACAGAGCCAUUCCCUACAUACCUGUAUGUCUGUUACCUUGCAGAAAUGACUUUUGUAGGUGCUCCUUGCAGAUGGACUGGGCUUGGUGCUUUCAGCACAGGACUGACCCCUGUAUCAGAUUUGAUCACUGCAUGCAGAGCACAUUGCAACAGGAAUCACACCAAAUUGUAAUUUUCUGAGUGAUCUGAAGGCAUGUUUGCCAGAUGUUAUCUUGGGGGAAGAUUAUCAAGGGAUAUCAGACAGGACACCUUCAAAGAAGAAUGGAAAAAUAUAGCAAGUUCUGUUUGUGCUGUGUCCUGACUCACACUUUUCAUCUCACUUCAUGCUGAAUGACAUAUGUAGCAAAUUUUUAUAGAUUGCAUUAAUAUGUGAAUAUUGUAAAUUUUUCUAUGUGACUUUUAUAUAAAAGGUUUUUACUAAAUAGUUAUUUAG